CUCCAUUCCACCUGCACCUCGCCAGCACCGAGUCCCCUUCUCCACUGUCUCACCGUUGGGGACGCGUCGCGAUCAUCGCAGUACUGAGCAUGAAGCGCCGAUAGCCCGGAACACCUCCGCUCCCAACGCCUCCAUAUCCUCGCUCUAGACCGCGACACUUCAUACCUCGCCGGGAAGAUGGAGAAGAUCAAGCACGAGAUCGCACGGACCGACCCUGAUGUCCCCUUCCGUGCCUCCUCCUCCCACAUCCACCACACAUGGGCCAAGACCUUCCAGAGUCGUCCGGAGCUCUACAUCCGCCCGCAAAGCCUCGAGGAGGUUCAAAAGGUCGUCAACCUUGCCCGACGCUGCAGGAGGAGGAUUGUGGUGGUUGGCAGCGGGCAUUCCCCGAACGACCUGACAUGUACUUCCUCGUGGAUGAUCAAUCUCGACGACUAUGGCAAGUUGUUGCACGUGGAUCGACAGAAGAAGACGUUCUUGGUCGAGGCGGGUAUGCGCCUGCAUGACUUGAAUCACACUGCGCAUCAGCAUGGCCUCUCCAUGCCCAACCUCGGCAGUAUCGAUGCGCAGAGCAUCGCGGGCGCCAUAGCGACGGCAACACAUGGAAGCUCGCUCAAGCACGGCAUCAUCUCCGAAUCGGUGCUCUCUCUCCGCGUUGUGCUGUCGAAUGGCCAUGCCGUACGGUGUUCGAAUGACCAGAAUCAAGACCUCUUCAAAGCGGCGCUGGUCUCUCUUGGCGCGCUGGGAAUCGUUACCGAGGUGGAGUUCCAGAUGGUGGAGAACUACAAAGUCGAGUGGGAGCAGAAAUUGGUGCCGCUGGACGAUGUCCUGACUCGCUGGAACACCAAUCUAUGGCUGAAGGAAUUCACUCGAGUUUGGUGGAUGCCGUACAUGAAGCGCGCCAUCGUUUGGUCGGCGGAAAGGACAGAGAAGCCGGUGCGGGCGCCGGACGCCACCUGGUACGGCGGCUCUGUCGGCUUCCACACCUACCACAACCUACUCUGGCUUUCCAAUUACAUUCCCUGGAUCCUGCCGACCGUGGAAUGGUUCGUGUUCGGCAUGCAGUACGGCUUUUCCCCUGGCGUUUCCGCCACCGCCGUUCAAGACCUUUCCGAUGCCUUGCUCAUGAACUGUCUAUACUCGCAAUUUGUCAACGAAUGGGCUCUCCCACUCCACAAAGGCCCCGAGGCCAUCACUCGCCUUUCCGCCUGGCUCAACGGUGAACCGGGAGGCGGUGGAAUUCCCUUCAGUUCAAAGGGCUUGUACGUUCACUGUCCCAUCGAGGUACGAGUCUCCGACAGCACAGCCAAAGGCACCACGCGCCCAUUCCUCGACAACACCUGCUCCGACGGCCCGACACUCUAUCUCAACGCCACCCUCUACCGCGCCUAUCUACAAGACCCGCCGUGCAAAGACCGCUACUACGAAGCCUUCGAGUGGCUGAUGCACGAGCUGGGCGCCAAACCGCACUACGCCAAGAACUUCAGCUACACCACCGCGGAGCAAAUGCAGCACAUCCUCGGCGACAACCUGAAGAAGUGGGCCAAGGUGCGCAACGAGGCGGACCCCGAAGGAAUGUUCCUCGGUGCCUGGCACCGCCGCACGCUCGGCGUCAGUCUGGCGGCCAAAGGCGCGUUGGAGGAGCGCGAAGUGUCCCGCACGAAGGCAGCGGACGGUGGGCAAUUCUGGGUAGGCGAGUUGGACAGCACGAGGUCGGAAGCGCUGUCAUUCGCUACAGCCGCUGCUCCGGAGCGCGGAGCGCAAGUAAACGGAGGCAGUCCGACGCCGUCAUCGAGUGCGGAGAGUUUUGACAUGAUGCACGGCGCGGAGGCGGAGAAGAGCACGCUCUUCGACCGCUCGGACGACGAGGAGGUUGACAGGCCGCGAUAUCAUGGACGGCCGCAGGAUACGGUUACGGGGACGGCGGUGUUUGAUAAGAUGUGA